AUAAUUUCGUUUCAGAACGAAUAUACCUAACCCUCAGAAUUAUACUGUCAAGAAAUGUCUGUGCUAUGAGUUUGGCUUUCGAAACAAAAACUGCAAUCUGUAUAUUAAUUUGCUUCCACUUUCAUUUGAUCCUCGCAACUCAUAGGUACAAUUAUGUAAGGCAUUUGGUGCCGAAGACAAUUAACUCGUCACUUCGCGUUCAUAAUGGAAAGCCCGUACAGCUUGGUGAAAUACCAUAUCAGGUGGGAUUCAAAACCAGAUCACGAAACCUAUACGUAACGUUUUGUGGAGGCAGUAUCAUUGGAGAAUCAAAGUUGCUGUCUGCUGCCCAUUGUUUUGUGGAAGACGUUACUGGUGUUAAAACUUUAUGCCAGGGACAAACUGAAGCUAAAUCUUUAAGAAAUACGUAUGCUGUUGCAGCAACAAUACGAAAUUACGCGUCUGCUAGAAACACAGAUAGAAUUGCGCAAUGGAGAACUCUACGAAAUUUGAUUUAUCCAGAUGACUAUAAGUUUCCCGAUAAUGACAUAGCCAUAUUGAUCGUUACAUCGCCGUUCGUAUUCAAUAAAUAUGUGCAACCUAUAAAUUUAGCAAAUGCAUUUAUAGACUACUCAGGUCUUUGCCUUGUAUCAGGAUACGGAAGAAUUUCCUACGAUAUUUUAUCCGAUUCAUUGAUGAAAGCGCAUUUGGAACUUCUCCCUGAACGUUGGUGCAGUAUGGUUCACAACAGAGAUAUGUCAAAAUUCGUGUGCACGUCCUUAAUCGAAACUGAUAUUGGACAUGGUGAUUCUGGCGGGCCGCUAGUAUGCGCUCAUACCGGUGAUCCAGGAGAAAAGAAUGGAACUGGAAUACUAGUUGGUGUCGCCAGCGGAACUUACGAACAAGUAAAUUCCAUAUUUUCGAGGGUGUCCAAGUUUCGUGCUUUCAUCGAAAAAAAUAGCUGCGCUAAAACUGAUGGUGCUAGUUUUUAUUUUGUUACGCUUUUUGUUUUACCAAAUAUAUAUGACUUAUUUGCGUUUUGACUGUUUUGUGUUUUUAAAUACUUUAAUAAGCUGAAUAUGCAUCAUUGGUGAUUCUAGAUUUUAUCGUCUGAGAUAUCCAUACAAAUGACAGAUAUUUCACGUUAACUGUUUAACAAAUUCAACCAAUUCGGAUCAUUCAGUCC